GCUUAUUUAAAUUUGUUUCAUUUUUUUUCCUGACUAUACCUCCUCAACUUUUCUCACAGCUUCCGCGACUUGUUUAUCAUCUACUCAAUGGUUUUACUGACAUUGUGCAACAAAAAUAAAUCCCAUUAUCGGCCGUGUGUUUGUAUCGUUCGGGAGCCCAGACAGUUAACGGCGGCUCCGUCCACCCCGCCCUCACCGCCCUCACCGCCCCCUAAAGCUCCAACCUUCCCCCGGCGGCGAGCUCUGUGUCGCCUCUCCUGCCGCCGCUCUGACUGAGAUGCUCUCCCUCUCGCCGGACACACACGCCGUCCACCGCCCGCAGUUCGGCCGCCGACCCUCCGAUACAGUCGUGUAAUCGCUGAAUUCAGACGAUUCGACGGGGGGAGACGCGUCAAUCAGAGUCCGAUGGCACACUUUGCAACACUUGUGGUUUUUUUGUGCGGAGCUCUGCAUGGACUAGAGAUUCAGCUUCCCACAGUGCAGGAGUGCUGUCAGGAUGGGAGGGAUCGGGCGCUGAGAGGACAAGACUGUACAAUCCUCCCCCUCAUCUCCUCGUCGCACACCUGCAGGAUCGCCCAGGAGCAGUGCUGUGCAGCAGCGGUAGGAGACCGACUCUGUGACAAUGGCGUCAAGAUGGCCAAGGAGCAAGGCGCCUGCGAGAGGCCCUUUUUCCAAGGAGACCCCUGGGAAACCAAAAUCUCCAAGAUGUGCUGCGACUGCUGUGUGCUCGGCCUGAUGACGGCGAGCCAGGGCUCGAGCUGCGAGCUCCCGGGUUUGUCGCUGGGGAGGCAGUGUGGGUUCACAGCUCAAACCUGCUGCGGCAAAAACACAACAGAGGAAAUCAAGCCAGUUGACAAAGAAUCAGGGACAGAAAAGCCUGAGGCCAGCGUUACUGCACAGCCUCAAGAGGAGUCGGUCGCCUGUCGAGACUCCAAUUGCUCCCAGUUGUGCGUAGGUAACGGUACAUGUGCAUGCCAUGAUGGCUAUCAACUGCGCAAAGAUGGAGUAAACUGUGAGGAUGUCAAUGAAUGCCUCACUGGCAGUCACAACUGUGUCAUCGGCCAAAGUUGCAUUAAUACAGAGGGCUCCUUUCGCUGUCAGCGGGAAACCAGCUGUGGCACUGGGUAUGAGCUCAAAGACGACAACACUUGCCAAGACAUAGAUGAGUGUUCUUUGGGGACCCAUAACUGUGGACCAGACUUCCUUUGCACCAACACAGUCGGCUCGUUUCGCUGCCACCCAAAGGAGAGGUGCUCAGACGGUUACAUUCAGGACGCCAUCGGCAGCUGUAUUGAUAUAAAUGAGUGCGUGGCCUAUACAACUCCAUGCCCGCUUGGGCAGACGUGUAUCAACACAGUAGGCUCCUACACCUGUCGCAGGAACACAGUCGCCUGUGGACGAGGCUAUCAUCUCACUGAGGACGGCACACGUUGCGAAGAUGUAGAUGAGUGUCGUGCAGGCAAUGUGUGCGGCGACCACGGUUGUGUCAACCUGAUGGGCUCGUACCGCUGUGAAUGCAGAAUUGGUUUCAUCUUCAACAGUAUCACCAGACUGUGUGAAGACAUCAACGAGUGUAGGCAUUAUCCCGGACGACUCUGUGCCCAUAAGUGUGAGAACACAGAGGGGUCCUACACAUGCAGCUGCACCACUGGCUUCAAACUGUCCCAUGACGGCCGGAACUGUGAAGAUGUCAACGAGUGUGAGGCCAACCCUUGCAGCCAGGAGUGCGCCAACGUCUAUGGCUCCUACCAGUGCUACUGUCGCCGCGGUUACCAGCUGAGUGACAUUGACGGGAUAACAUGUGAAGACAUAGAUGAAUGCGCUCUGCCAACUGGAGGUCACGUGUGCUCCUACCGCUGCUCCAACGCCCCAGGAAGUUUUUACUGCACCUGCCCACCUACUGGCUACACCAUCGCCCACAAUGGACGCACAUGCCAAGACAUUGAUGAAUGUGCAGCAGGAAGCCAUAACUGCUCUGUGUCUGAAAGCUGUUUCAACAUCCAGGGAGGAUUUCGCUGCCUGUCCUUCAUAUGUCCUCCGAACUAUCGGCACAUGGCAAAAGGAACCAGACAAGAUGCUUCGGUCAGUUUACGUUGCGUUAAGGAUUGCCAACAUGGCGAUGUCGAGUGCAGUUUCGACCCUGCCCAACUCAUCACAUACACCGCCCUCUCCCUGCCAACCUUCAGAGAAUUCAGUGGACCAGAGGAUAUAGUUUUCCUGCGGACUGUUGCGGCGGCGAACCCUGCUCCUCCACCCGGUGCCACCGAUGUUUUCUUUAAAAUCCUGGCUGCAGACGACCAGUUCUCUUUUGACGUACAGAAACGCUCCGACCAGGGCAUGAUUAUGGGUGUGGUCCAGCAGGUGAAACCUAUCAUUGGCCCCAGGGACCUUGUGUUGGAGGUGGCUAUGGACUAUGUCAUCUCAGGGCUCGUUAGCCGUCGCAACAUUGUCGUGAUCCAUGUCUUCAUCUCUGGCUUCUGGUUCUGAGCUGAGUGUUAGCAAUAUGUCACAUAACCUGACAACCUGGAGCGUUGUUCAGACGUAAUGAGUUUUGUUUGUAGUUAGCACCUACAUUACAUCUGAUGAAUUGUCACAGACCUGGGAUUUGUAUUUACAAUAGCUGUGUUCCACUCAAAAAAUGUGGGGGUCACCAAAUCACACAAAAGGCCAAUUUCUGCAUAAUGUUGCUUUAAAUACAGUUUAGAAUAUCUGAAGGCACUUCACUUCUCUCACUGAACAUUCACUUGGGAUUUGGUUAAUUUGAAAUGGUUUUAAAUGUGUUUAAAACAGGGCCUUAAUCUUGUUUUGUCUUUUCAACAUAAUAGUAUAUAUUGGUAAUAUAUGCUGUCUCUGGGAUCGCUGGAAUUGGUAGCAUUCCCUGUUCUGCCAUUGCCGGUGUAGGUACCAGAACAGGAGGAUCCUGCUCUCUACGUGCUGCCUGAGCAGACAGAGGAAUGAUCUCUCCUGACUGGAUGAAAGUAAGCAGGGAUAGCUAAUUUUGUCUUUUACUGCAUAAGAAGAGGGAGCAGAGACAUGGGCUACUGACCGAACAGUGAUUACUGUUGAUACGUAGAGCUUUUUAACACUUGUUUUAAUAAGAAAAUAACUCUACAGCAGAUUUAAGGAAUCAUCAAAUUGAUUAAGAUUCAUCAUGAGGGGUCAUAAAGUACUGUGAAUGUCUUUACUUUAUUUCACGACACGCCAUCUGCCACCCAGUUACCAGAAUAAAUGUUGGCAUUGGACCUUCCGCAAGGUUCAGUUUAUCAAUUUUACAUUGUGACUAUGCCGUGCUUUCGGUCUGGUUACGUUUAGGUUUACCUGUUUCUGUCACCGCAAACAGAGCUUGAAAUUAUUCCGCUGUCUUCACGCUCACAACUGUUAGAACGCCAUCUGGAACAAUGGCCUCUCACUUGGCAGCCAUCAUGGCUGGCUGUCACGGCACCACCGUCCACCUCCUCAGACAUGACAGUCAGCUCAAAUGCAUGUAAUGUGAGCGUGAUAUGACGUGUAUUGUCGAUCUGUUGUUAUGAGAUGUAUGAAUCAUACAAAUUUACUAUAUCUUUGGUUUGCAGAAAUGUAACAAUGCCAACAUAUUAUUCUGGCGACUGGGCGAUCAUCCAAUGGCUGUUGAGACAUUUCGCUUAAAACCACAAAUUGCAACCUCAUGGAGGCGUUAGAGGAGAAUUUAUGGGAUCUCCAAAAUUAUUAGUUAUUAUACAUCAUGUGUGAGCCAUGAAUGUCUGUAGCAACUUUUUUAGAUAUUUCAGUCUAGACCAGAGUGGUAGACCAACCAACAAAACAGCCAACAUCAAUCCAUAAAGCAAUGCUACUCACAUUGGCGAAAAAGUUAUUUUUCAUGCCAAAAUGGGACUCAUUCCUCACUUGAUACCUCCACCCCAGAUGUGUUGAAAAAUAAAUGCCUUUUACAAGAGUUGAAUGAAAUAAUGUAAAAGAUUAAACGGGUGCUGUCAUCUCUUUAACCACUGUCUACUCGGAUUUAGUGUUGUGAUGAGUGCCACUAUCAUAUGACUGUUGAUUGACCUGCGGAACUGUUUUAUAUUUACUCCUUUUCAUAUGCUUUGACAGACCAGAGCCUUCACGCUUCAUUUGAUAAUGAAUUGCGGAUUUGUUUUCAACAUUGAUUGUGUUUUGUACCAUGAGACUUUACGAGCAUCUGUGAAUAAUAAAGACCAUGCGGUUAAUUGUA